ACUUGCGUGGAGUCUGUGUGUAGAGACAAGCGACGCGCAGCUCCGACAAACUUUAUCCUGCAUCCCAACCGGCCGCCGAGGUCGAGUCUCCUCCUCGAGCAACGACCUCCAGUUUAUGGAUUAUAUGCACCUUUGAGAAGCGAAGCUCUUCCUGCCAAAGUGUACAUUUGUUUUUGUUUCUGCGCUUCAGCGCUGAGCGCAGUUUCCGGAUCUCACCCGACUGUUUUGGGAACACUUAACGCUGCAUCUUUGGGGAUUUUUUCAGUCUAUUCAAAAAAAAUACAGCUUGAAAAAUCUGGUCAACUUCGGCAAUCCUGCAGCCUCGACCAGACCAUGCUCACACUGAGACAACAAGGGUGAAGUCUUGGCUUUCAGAGAGAAGUUGAGCCCUGUGCUCAAGUUCAACAAGGCCACUUCCUGAUGAUGACAGUAAACAUGGAUGAUGGCCUCCAAAAUGGACCUGGACAGAACAGAAAUGCACAAGACGACGAGGAGGCGCUUAACUCCAUCAUGAAGGACUUGGCCGCCUUGGGCCGCUGCUACCAGCACAACAGCCCCAAGCCCAAGAGCAGGACUUUGCUCUACAAACAGGAUUUAAGAGUCAAGCUGGAGCAUGAGAGAGAAAAACGGAUCAUCCCAUUUCAGAGGCCGCUGAAGAUCAAGGAGCUGCUGCAGAAGGUGACCGAGGCCUUCGGCCAGCAGAUGGACAUGUUCUUUAUGGAGAAAGAGCUGGUGCUGCCCCUAAAGACCCAGGAGGACCUGGAUCAGGCGGUGUUGACGCUGGGCUGCAGUUCUGUGACCAACGGGCUGCUCAGGAUACUGCUUAAGACCCCCAAAAACAACCAUUACCUACAGGUGAACAGCAGGGACAAACAAAGUGAGAUGAAGUCGUCCCGGUCACUAGGAGACUUGAAGGGCUCUUUGCUCAAGAGCUCGGAGAGGGUCCGCAAGCACUCGACAGGUUCCCUCCACACGGGCCGGACGUCCCCUCCUCCGGGCAGCGUCCCCGAGGAGCAGCAGCAGAUCGCCCGUCAGGGCUCCUACACCAGCAUCCACAGUGAGGGCGAGUUCAUCCCAGAGACCCAGGACCCCAAUAUGCUGGAUCCCUUUGGGAGUGCAGACAACUCGCUGUCGAGCAGCUGUCAGUCCAUAGAUCAAGCACUGGACAGCCCUCCUUUCUCACAGAACAACCGUGACAAUAAUUACCUGAACCUCAACUAUGAAUACAAAGGUCGCCAUGGGAAAGGGGGGACUUUCCCACGCCAGUUCCAGUUGCCCAAUCGCAGCAAGGAUUACGGAAACCGUCGCAGGACGCUUCCGCGCAGCUUCAUGCCGCAGGAGAACCUGUUUCAGCUGGUUCCCUCCAGCCGUACGCGCAGUUACAACGGAGACGGUAUGAUGCAGUACAGCGACCUGCGCUCUCUGGGCCGCACCGCUGACAAGAGCUGCCAGCGUGGUACAACCAAGUCCCCGCGGGCGCCGGUCAACUGGCGGCAGGGGAAGCUCCUGGGCCGCGGGGCGUUCGGGGAGGUCUACCUCUGCUACGACGCCGACAUCGGCUGCGAGCUCGCCGCCAAGCAGGUGCCCUUUGACCCCGACUGCCAGGAAACGAGCAAGGAAGUGAACGCUCUGGAGUGCGAGAUCCAGCUGCUGAAGAACCUGCGACAUGAGAGGAUUGUCCAGUACUUCGGGUGUCUGCGGGACCUGGAGCAGAGGAAACUCACCAUCUUUGUGGAGUUCAUGCCCGGAGGCUCAAUAAAGGACCAGCUAAAAGCCUACGGGGCCCUGACAGAGAAGGUGACGAGAAGAUACACCAGGCAGAUCCUGCAGGGAGUCUCCUACCUGCACAGCAACAUGAUUGUACACAGAGACAUCAAAGGUGCUAACAUCCUGAGAGAUUCCUCGGGAAACGUGAAGCUUGGAGACUUUGGGGCCAGCAAACGUAUCCAGACCAUCUGCAUGUCUGGUACAGGCAUCAAGUCCGUCACUGGCACCCCCUACUGGAUGAGCCCGGAAGUCAUCAACGGGGAGGGAUACGGCCGGAAAGCUGAUGUGUGGAGCGUUGCCUGCACUGUUGUUGAGAUGCUGACCCAGAAGCCUCCUUGGGCCGAGUACGAGGCCAUGGCGGCCAUUUUUAAGAUUGCCACCCAGCCUACGAAGCCCCUGCUCCCAGACGGGGUGUCUGACGCCUGCAGAGACUUCUUACGGCAAGUAUUUGUAGAGGAGAAGUGGCGGCCCACCGCAGACGUUCUGCUCAACCACCCGUUUGUCAUGGGCAUCUUCUGAGGCCCGCGGGCGUCCCCCUCCUCUCCUCCCCUUCCCCGUCUGCAAUGGGUCCGUGGUCCUGGCACCUCCCCUCCUCUCCGGCCCGCCCCGGUCCCCCAGGGCCCCCUCCUCCCUCCCCAUCACCUGGUUUCCAGGGGUCAGCAUAGCUCCAGCUCACUGCCUUGUCAUCAGUCACCAGUGUCUGCCUUGUCGGGACCCCUGCAUCUAUUGCCAACUAGCUCAAACCCAGACCACGGGAGGCCGGGUAAACUGCUCUCAGACGCUCAGAGUCCUCCGAGGAAUCGCUGUGUGUUCCCUCAGGAACCCAAUGACACGAAGGCACUUCGCGGUCUCUCAAACCUCCCGAGAGAAGUGAUGACUCAAGCUUUCUGGAUCUCUCUUUCCGCUCAUUUUCAUCCACAGAAGCCGUGUCUCCGGAUCGAGAGCACACUGACAUGGACCAGUAAGGUUGUUCAUGUCUGAUAGUACUGUAAGUAACAACAAGCUGGGGGCGGAAGUUAAAUGAAGAACUAUUUUUAUACGCCCCACGCAAAGUCGUCUCAACACCUUUGAGAAAUGUAUUUUUUAUCAACGCCUUACAAUAAGACUUUGUAAGUAGGAAUGUCUCCUUGCCCUGUCCCUGCUUUCACAGCGCUCACAGCCCCAUUCACAAGGAUUGUAGUUAACAUUGCACUUUUGAUAUCAUGCAUUGAAACAUUUACACAUGCAAGAUAAUCAGAUGCGGAGAUAUUUUUCUAUUUGAUGCAUUUUUAUAUAUAUAUAUAUAUAUAUAUAUAUAUAUAUAUAUAUAUAUAUAUAGAUAUGUAUAUGUAUAUGUAUGUGUGUGUACAACUUCAUGGUAAGAAUUCUGUUCCAGUGUAAGAAAAACCAAACUUUUGCAUUAGCGUGCAAACGUCUCUCGAGCAAUACUAACACUGCAGUCGGAGCCGAUAACCGUCAUUCAGUCUUUCCACUGCAGUGAGCCUUGAUCCAUAUACAAGUGGCCAAAGAAAAAUAACAGAGACAGAAGUCUCAUGGUAAACGUGCAGUAUUAGUCAUAUCUGACUUUGUCACUUCAGAAACUUGCAGAAUUUUCUGUGUUAUGGCAGCUUUGUGCACCGCAGUGUACGUCGACCAAAUCAUAUGCAUUGACAUCAUUGUGUUGCUUCAAACACAGAUUGAAUGAAGCAUCUUUUUUUUUUUUUUUUAAGUUUUUGUUCUGUGUUUAUGAAUCGACUUACCCCAUGCCUUCAUUUAGCCCCCAUUUAAGCGCAAGCAUUUUACAAGUCGUCUCAAAGCAUCAAGGUGGAGUUGAAUACUGUAUUUAAAGUGGAUAUGAGAUUAAAACUUUAACGGGGAUUUUGAUGUUGGAAGUGUGGUGACUUGCUGUAAGAAGGUGGCACUUAAGGAAACGAUCAAAUCUUUUUAACCCCUGUCAGUGCCUUAUCUAAGUCUGCUUGGAAACACAAAUGUCCACUGCCAAAGCGGAGAGCUCCCUGGUGAUGCAAGCGGCUGUUCAGCACAGAGCACAUCCAGGAUUUGUUGAAGUUCUUUUAUAUGAAAACAAACAAAAAAAAAGAUUAUUCUGUAAAUACAUAUUGUUCUGCACUUUUGUAUGAAAUUUCUUUUACAUUAUAUACAAAUCUAUUUGAUGAAAUAGCUACACUAUACAGUAGACUGUACUGUGAUUUGGACAGGAGUAUGUAUGACUGUCUCUUUGAGAGCUGGCAGGCGGUAUGAAAAGACUGGGAGGCUUUCGAUUGGGGCAGAGUUUGUUUUGUCUUAAUGACAAAGCCUUGAAACAUGAAAUGUAUCAAGUCAUUGAUCUUUUGUACAUUUAACUUAAUAAAUCAAAGGUCUAAGACUGUU